UGGAUUGAUAGAUGGUUAGGUAGCUUCGUUACUGUAAAAGGGUAUAUUACGCGAAUCUAUUGGCCACAGUCGCGUAAGCUCGCAUGCGUAAAAGAAAAAAAGAAAGACUAAAAAAAAGAGGGCUUAAAAGGAGCAUCCAGCCGAUCCUCACGGCCACACUCCUCCGACAGAGUAGGCGCGCGUCCCCUCACUCUCUGGAAAGGACCCAGUCAGAGCGCAACUCCUUUACGCACAUAUCUGAACAACAGAACCACCUUUUAAACAUAUAUUUGAAAAUAUUUUUCGAUUCAAGUGUUAAUUGUUACAACGGCAGGAAAUGUUGCUUUUGUUGUGCAUCAACUUUCAUGGCGUCCGGUAGUUUUGCCCAUUUUCGCCGUGCGUAAAGUUCAAGCGCAACGGGUUCGGUCCCGAUGCCCGACCUCGCCGCUACAGUAUUCUCCCCUGAAAACCCGUCCGUCGAUCCUUCCACCGCCAUGGAGAACUUUACCUUCAACGCGCGGGAGCUGAACACCACGCUGGGGGUGUGGGUCGACAUGGGCAUCGAGUACAAGGUGAUCAGCAGCUUGCUGUUCUUCGUCAUCUGCCUCCUAGGGGUGGUCGGCAACGUGAUGGUGGUCCUGGUGGUGCUCACCACCAAACACAUGCGCACGCCGACCAACUGCUACCUGGUGAGCCUGGCCGUGGCGGACCUGAUGGUGCUGACGGCGGCCGGGCUGCCCAGCAUCACGGAGAGCGUGUGCGGCUGCUGGGUGUUCGGACACUACGGAUGCCUGUGCAUCACCUAUUUCCAGUAUUUGGGCAUCAACGCGUCGUCCUGCUCCAUCACCGCGUUCACCAUCGAGCGGUACAUCGCGAUCUGCCAUCCCAUCAAAGCCCAGUUUCUGUGCACUUUAUCCCGGGCUAAGAAGAUCAUUUUGUCGGUGUGGGUUUUCACUUCGCUCUACUGCGUCAUGUGGUUUUAUCUGUCGGACAUCCAAGAACUUGUGUACGACAACGUCACCAUUAUCACCUGCGGCUACAAAGUUCCGCGGCAGUUUUACAUGCCCAUCUACUUUUUUGACUUUGGGAUCUUUUUCGUGUUACCGUUGAUGCUCUCCGCCAUCUUGUACGGACUGAUCGCGAGGAUCCUCUUCAUGAACCCGCUGCCCUCCUCGGUGAAGGAGAAGUGCAAGAACGGGCACGGCAACGCGAGCGCCAAAAACUCCCGCCACUCCAACUCCACCGCGACCUCGCGCAAACAGGUGACCAAGAUGCUGGCGGUGGUGGUCAUCCUGUUCGCCACCCUGUGGAUGCCGUAUCGCACGCUGGUGGUGGUCAACUCCUUCCUGGAGGAGUCCUACCUGGACAGCUGGUUCCUGCUGUUCUGCCGCUGCUGCAUCUACCUCAACAGCGCCAUCAACCCCCUCAUCUACAACGCCAUGUCGCAGAAGUUCCGCGCCGCCUUCCGCAAGAUCUGCCGCUGCGGCCGGCCGGGCGCGGCCAAGCCGGCGGCGUACAGCGUGGCGCUGACCUACAGCGCGGUCAAGGACACGUCGGUGGUGGAGAGCACCACGGACCACUUCACCACCGAGCUGGAGGAGCUGACCGUCACCGACGAGCUGCUGCUGGCCGACCCCCAGGUGGUCUACCAGCCCCCCGACACAUGUGUGUACGGGGAGGGCGACUACACCGACGCCUGAGAGGGGGGGCU